AUGUCGUUGUUAAUAUAUUUGAAUCCCUUUAGAGUGUUUCGAGACUUUGUUCGUGCACCGGUCGAAAGUUUUGUUACUGACCAGUAUAUGGGGUAUAAAAAGAAAACAAAUGAAAGUAUCACCAGCGUCAAGGAAUUAAUAUAUAGAGCUGGUAUUUUAUUAGUGUUUUUCUCUGCUAUAUUAUGGAUAUCUAUAUUUAUGUAUAUAGCAUUUUAUUAUACAUAUAUGCCAAAUGUUACUCAUGUUAGGCCAGUUCACCUGCAAUUUAAAUCCUGUGAGGAUCAAAUGGGCCUCUGUUCCUAUCCUUAUGCUUAUGUUCAGCUAACAAAAGCCAGUUAUGUUUUAAUGUCAGGGCAGCCCUACAGAAUCAAGUUAGUCAUGGAUGUGCCUGAAUCACCUAGCAAUAAGGACCUAGGUAUGUUCAUGGUGUGCCUACAAAUGCGUGGAAAGGGAGGUACAUUAGUCUCCUCUUCAUGCCGAUCAGCUAUGCUUAAUUAUCGGUCGAAAUUGCACUACUAUAUCCGUACGUCGUUAUUCUCGCCGCUAUUUCUACUCGGAAUAGAUGAUGAGCGACAGGAAAUACAAGUGGAGCUGUUUAGCGAUUUUCAAGAUGAUCCAAACAGCCCAGUAACUGAUGCAUACAUCGAACUGCAGUCGCGCUUCGUGCAAGUCCAUUCGUGUUCAUUGCACGUCGAGGCGCACUUUUCGGGGCUACGAUACGCGAUGUAUUAUUGGCCUCGGGCCUCCGCCCUCUGCGGAAUCUCCACGAAUUUAUUCUUUACAUCACUCGUGUUUAUAAUGAGCUGGUAUCACUUACAAGAUGGCCUGCCUGAAUUUAUUAAGAAUAAAUUCAAGACAGAAGUCAAAAGUGAACCAGAUGAAAAGAAACAAGUUAGCAAAGUGAAACUUGAACGGAAAGAUUCAUUUCCAUUGAUUGAAGAAGAGGCUCUGGCUAUUCUAGAAGAAUAUCAAACGUUGGAGAAGAAGAAGACGUAG